UGACUGAUUAGCUGUUGAAUGGUAGAUUUAAAUACGAAAUCAAACCCAAUCUUAUCGGUUAUACUUCACGUUAUCCAACAUUUCGCCGCUCAUUGUGUCCUAAACCAAAGUCGAUCAGCGUGGUCCUGUGCACGGAACCGACCGUCAUCUCCGGACACCAGAAGUCAGCUGCUAGGAAGCUGAGGGUGUUUAUCCCUGAAUUAGCUGCAUGGCUAACGUUGUUAGUAGUUAGGGUUAAUUUUACACUGCUGAGGUUGUUCUUAUAAAACAGCUGAACUGCUGUUCUUUAGAAACAGAGAAUCUGUGACAGACGGUGAGGAUGAAGACUGUGCUCCUCGUCGAGGCUUUCUCUUUGGCUUGUUUUGUGCUGUUAUGCCAAGUGACAGCUAAGAAUUCUGAAGACAUCCGCUGUAAGUGCAUCUGCCCACCGUACAGAGACGUCAUGGGGCAAAUCUACAAACAAAAUGUUUCUCUCAAAGACUGUAACUGUCUCCAUGUAGUUGAACCCAUGCCAGUGGAUGGAAAAGAUGUGGAGGCGUACUGUUUACGUUGUGAGUGUAAAUAUGAAGAGAGGAGCUCAGGAACCAUUAAGUUUACCAUCAUAAUGUACCUCUCCAUUUUGGGCCUGCUACUGCUGUACAUGGUCUACCUGACUCUGCUGGAGCCCAUGUUGAAGAGGCGUCUGUUUGGACACUCACAGCUCAUUCAAAGCGAUGAUGAUGUUGGGGAUCAGCAGCCUUUUGCCAACGCUCAUAAUGUUCUGUCCCGUUCACACUCUCGACCCAACAUGCUGAAUAAGGUGGAGCAUGCCCAGCAGCGCUGGAGGAGGCAGGUCCAGGAGCAGAGAAAGUCUGUGUUUGACCGCCAUGUUGUUCUCAGUUAAACUGCCCUGUGAGAAAGAGUUACUGGUAGAGCAAAACAAAACAAACAAAACAAACAAAAAAAAAAACACUGUGACAGAGCCCUCAGUUUAUAUCACCUUCUUUCUCUCAUUUGUGGUUUGCAUCUCAUCAAGUGUGACGCUUCUGAGGUGAACAUGGUUAAGAAGUCCAUGUCAGAUGUAUAAUCAGACUGGGGAACUUCUUAUUUAGUCUGCAGACAGCACAGGGGAUUGCAGUGAAUUCAGUUAUUUUGCACAAUCUUGAUUGAACAGUCUUAAAUAGCAUUUCCAGAAGCAGAAUUUACCCUCAGCCUGCUGUCAAGUUUGCAGAAGUGCCAAGUCACCAGAGAAUUUGCAAUUAAAAGUUUGAUGGUCGAGACUAAUAAACGCGUUAUUAAAAAAAAAAAAAAAAAAAAA